AUGACUCCUCAGAUUUAUCUCUUCAUCCUUCUAUCUAUCAGCUCUUGUUUUGGAUGUUUCUUUUGUCAAUCAAUUCUUCCUAAAAUAGAAGAAGAUAUAGAAAAACUCAAAGCUGACUUUAAUUCAAGUCAGUCAGAUGUAGCUGAGGGCGGAUCUAUUUUCACAGAAAGACUGAAAAGUUGGACAGAGGCAAAUGAAAAAAAAAUCAUACUCAGCCAGAUCAUUUCCAUGUACUUGAAAAUGUUUGAUAAUAUUGGUCCGGCUACGAGUAAAUUGCACGUCAAGAACAUACACAAUGCCCUGCAUACGUUGAACAACAGCCUAACUGAAAGCUUCAAAAAAGUAAAAGACCUAAUGGAGUUGGCAAAACUUCCGAUGAAUGAUAAGAAAAUCCAACGCAAAGCUGUUAAUGAACUUUUCCCCACCUUACAAAAACUACUACUGGACCAUCCAACUACUCACGUAAAGAGAAAAAGGAGCCAAAAUCAGAAAAGGAAAUGUAGAUGUUGAAAGGCUUAGUUAUACCUUUUGUUAUUCCGUUUUUAUAUAAAUCUAUUUAUUAAUAUUUAACUAUUUUUCAAUCAUUAUUUAUAAUGAAAU